CCAGACCUUUACCUGGCAUCUUCGUUUUUAACUUUAAAAUUUAAAUUGACCACUUUGUCUGUAGCUGUGAAAGAUAUAUGCGAAGAAAGAAAGAAAUCCCGUCCCCUCUCUCUCUCUCUCACACACACACAAUGGCAGGAAGACUGGCCUUCUUUGCUAGACUCUCUGCCCUGAUUGUUGUUCUUGUACUUGUCCAUCAAACUUGCAGUGCUGAGGAUGGUCAUCAAUGUGCUCCUUCUUUCUGCGGCAAUAUUCAUAACAUAAGCAAUCCGUUUCGAUUACAAGACGAUCCAGAAAACUGCGGCGACCGAAAUUAUACCCUGUCAUGUGAGAACAACAAUACAGUGUUGUACUCAGAUGCCGGAAAAUACUAUGUGCGGCAAAUCAAUUAUGAUAACUAUACAAUCCGAGUGGUAAACUUUGGUAUUGAGCAGGUAUCCAUCCCUCCUUAUUUUCUAAACGGCUAUAAUUUCAGUUUUGGGCGUUCAUAUGACCUGAAUCGACAAGGGAUAGCUGGGGAACUAAUAAGAAUAUCAAGGAGUGUGGUUUUCGUGAUGUGUGAAAUUCCGGUGAAUUCGGCAUUGUAUUUGGAGACUUCUACUUGCUUUAGAAUUAAUGGAUCAGACUCAGAGUAUUCUUCCAACUCUUCCAAGACGUAUAGAUAUGUCAAAGUCGGCAGAACGAGUCCAUUAGAUGUGGAGGACUCGUGCCAAAUAGAGGGAAUGUCUCUGACAUCGUGGCCAGGAAAUGAUGACCGACAUGUUUCCUGUUCAGACGUCCACAACGCAUUGGCAUAUGGUUUUGAGCUUUCAUGGCUCCAAGUUAUGUGUGAAAGAAUUGGCUGCGGAUCAAGACAAAAUUGCUACUUGGAUGAGGCGAAUCAUGUUCAAUGUUAUGGCUUUGGAUUAUUAGAGAUCAUACUCCUCACCGCAUACUCCUGUGAGGUUUCUCUCUCAAAAAUUUGUUUGGAUGAUAAUAUAGAUUUGUAUAAUGGAAAAGAAUUGAAUGAGUGUUCGAACAAAGCGGAUAAAUAA